AUGCCGAACGGUACUUUCGCAUCGUACAACGUCCUGCCGCCGGUAACUCGCCUUGUUUGCACAGCGGAGGACGGACGGUCGAGGGGAUCUCGCGGACGCGAGCCAGCCAUGCCAUUAGCUCCGCGAGAGACCUUGGGCUCCCGUACCGUCGAGGCCGAGCCUCAGCUGGAAGAAGAUGAGGCCAAGCCGUCACAACAAGAGGAAGGUGCACCCUCUUUCGUUUCGCCCUCCGAAGCUGACGGCAUGGCGGUUGACACGGUACAGGAAGGCAUGGACAACUCGUCGGAUGAUCCUACCAGAAAACUGUCACCGCGACCACCGAUCCCAAACGCGGAAAACGUACCCCCUCGAUUGGUGGGCGACGGGAUAGAAUCUCUGCCACCCACGCGGCUGGGGGGCCUGACGCUCCCGCUGCUGGAAUCGUAUGACCCAACCAGGUCGCCGCUGGUAUGCCUUCCGCCCUCCGCCUCAACCGGGUACACCGAUGAAGUCGACGCGGUCAGCCCAGCCGGUAGCGCAACUUCUCCAACCAGCAGCAGGCACAAGGUCCACCAAACGCUCGCGUUUUCGAGAGUGGCGCCAGAGGGAGCAGGUGCACCAAGGCGUAAAGAGGGUCAGGAUGUUGCUGCUAUUUCGCCGCCCGCGCACAAGUUGCUCCGCUUUCCGCGCGGAAGGCCCGGGUCGUUUUUCGUCGACAGUCACGAGGAGCCCGCCAACGAGAUAAAGGCUUGA